AUGAUUCGCGCACGCCCCGUGACCCUCACAUUGUGCUUAUCGCGAACAUACCGCUUGCUUAUGUUGCGUUCAAAGCUCUCGUCUCUACGUGAGUAUCUCACUCCAAUAAACCACAAUUCCAAUUAUGAAACCAGCGGGGAGAUAUCUCCAGAAGAAUUUGUCCAAGCGGGUGAUUAUCUUGUCUACAAGUUUCCUACAUGGCAAUGGGGGUCAGCUCCUAAGAAGCUCCAGAAGGACUUUUUGCCACCAGAUAAACAAUUUUUAAUCACUAAACAUGUUCCUUCGUACCAGAGAGCCCAGAGUUACCUCGGGAACACCGAAGACCUAGCGGAGGACGAGGAAGAACUCGAUGACGGAUGGGUCAAAUCACAUCGACUCACCCACGAAGACCCCAAAAGGGACAUUGCCACCGACAAGAAAGUUCCAGAUAUAGAAGAUCUUGACGAUUUCAUAGACGAGGAUGCCGAGGAUGCGGAUGGAGAGGAGUUUCAGGAUUUGGGCAACUCAAACCUUCGAAGAUACGACUUGUAUAUCACGUAUUCUACGUCGUAUCGAGUCCCCAAAAUGUACUUGGUGGGGUUCAACGAUAACGGCAUCCCGCUCCUUCCACAUCAGAUGUUUGAGGACAUUUCUGGCGAUUACAGAGACAAAACGGCUACCAUAGAGAACCUUCCGGUGUCGUUCAAUACCACCUCUGUGUCGAUUCAUCCAUGCAAGCAUCUGUCCGUGAUGAAGGUACUUAUGAAGCAUGCGAAAACAUCACGGGAGAAGGCACGCGAGUUUGAACCGGAGGCAUUCGUCACUGGGGAAAAUUUGGAACCAGCAACCGAGACCACUCAAGACACAGGUAUUCGAGUAGACCAGUACUUGGUGGUGUUUCUCAAGUUCAUUGCCAGCGUCACUCCUGGCAUUGGCUACGACUAUACCAUGGAUGCAUUAUGA